AUGGACAUCGUCACGAAUAACUUGUCUACCAGUGCCUCAAAUAACCAGCAAACUAUAACAGACAAUCUUCAGUUUGAAGAUAUUGGCUUCCAAAAUAUUCAAACCCAACUGUCCUUCUCCCUCGACCCUGAUUUGUCUACCACAAUACCGAAUAGCUCCAACAAUGAAAGCUAUCAAGAAGUAUCUUACCGUCGACUUUAUCAAAUUUACCGUCUUCACACCAGGAUUCAGGAUCUAGUGGCCUUCUUUUCUUCCCCGUCUACCCAGACUUUAAUAAACACAAUACCACCUAACCGUGAUGCAACACUAUCUGAAAUUCUCAGUGCUACUGACGAACUUGUCCAAAUCAUCAGCACGUCUGGAUCUGAGAUUGAUAUCUGCAGUGAUAUUUCCCAGGAUAGACCAUCGCACUGCCAAUCAUACAACCAGCCGGCCAUCGCCUUCCCUUGUUACACCAGCCCAAGUUCUCGACCCUUGAGUUUUCCAAUCAUUAUAUCUAGCUACACCAAUCUUCUCCAGAUAUAUGAGCCUGUCAUUACAGACCUAUUCACUUUGAUCCAAAGACUACCAUCCUCAUCCCCAUCCCAACAGCAACGAUGGCUCAACAGUCCUACUGGAGUUUUACUCCAAGCGGCAGAAAUUCUACCCGGGAGACUGAGAGUCCUAUCCGACAAGGAGCCAAAUGUCUAUUUUCUCGCGAGUCUGGUCUCUCAGUCUGUCGAACGACUACGGAAUGCAAUCUGGAGCUAUUUGCGGAUGUUGUUCCCAGAACAACGUAGCCAAAAUCUCAUACAUGCAACUGUGGGUUCACAUUCCCAGUUAACGGAGAGGGUACCACCAGACAUGCGCUAUAGAGAGCAAAGAAUUCUAGCGUGGCUUCAUGCGGUUAACAACAUGCAAUCAGAGCUAUCGUUAUACUAG